GCGGCCAUGUUGAAUUGUCGUCAAUUUCUGAGAGAGAAGACAAAAGAGUGUGAAGUCGGUGAAUAUCUAGAGAAACAAAGUAAAGCAAACUACAAAUAUCUGCUUUUACCAACCAAGUCAAAAAGAGGAGACUUUAAAUGAAUGUACAUAAAGGUCGUUUGUCGAGCAACUACAUCUACAAUAGAAGCCAUACGAGUCGAGUGACGACAAUUGCAGAGCAAACAUUGAAAACUCACUGAAGAAAACAUAAGCCAAACUAUUCCUGUAUUUUUGUCUAUGCCAGGAACCAAUUUAUGAGCAUUAGCGACAUACCAAGUUGAAAGAGACAGAAAAUAUUAAAUCAUAGUAAUAGUCCAUGUGAUUGGCCAGGAGGACCACAUUUUGCAACGGGUUUAUAUGAAUGUCAAAAAACAGAUAUCCACUUGGACAGUCAGAACGACAUCUGUGAACAUACAGAAACAGAAACAAAGCUCACCUGUUUAGAAGACGGGAAAAGCCUAAUACUACAAAUAAAAGGAAUAUAAAAAAAAUAAAAAACAAACAAUAAAAAGCUGCAAAGCCAGCCAGUUGACUUUUGGAAGAAAGCGAACCAACGCAGAAUUGUUUUGAACUGAUAUAUGAUCUAUUUAUUCAUAUAAAUACUAAUUUCUCCCAUUUUUGGAGAGUUGUCUUGUAUAUAGACAGGGAUCUUACGUCGGACUCUAUUUUUCAAGAGAUCUGCACGUUAAGCUGUGUACACGUAGAUUCUUUGAUUCGAGAAGCUAGAAACAAAGAUUUUUAGUUCUUCGGUUUUUAUUCUACGUGGGCAUUUGAGCCAACUUCCUAAAAAGAUUUAAGAAAACACAGGAAAGAUAAAUACAAAUAAAAACAAAUUUAGCUUUAUACUGGUAGAGAUAAGAGGACUCAAGCUAAAUCUCGUAACGCCAUGGCUACAGCAAGAAUGGAGAACCCUGCAUCCAUAAUGGCACUGAACAAGCCAAACGGGCAGAUGAGAGGACAGGCCAAAGCAACUGGUCUACAGUCAGGACCCCUGGCUGUUGCCCAGCUACCAGGUGUCCCUCCGAAAGGAGGCAGCAUUACCCAGGGUAGUGGGGGCAUAAGGUUCGGUGAUGACUGGAAGAAGUGCCUGCAGCUCCCUCCAAAAGAUACCAGAUUAAGAACCUCAGAUGUGACAUCGACCAAAGGGAACGAGUUUGAGGACUACUGCCUGAAGCGGGAGCUGCUUAUGGGGAUCUUUGAGAUGGGAUGGGAAAAGCCCUCUCCUAUACAGGAGGAGAGCAUCCCUAUAGCUCUGUCAGGCAGGGACAUCCUUGCCCGGGCCAAGAAUGGCACAGGGAAGAGCGGAGCCUACCUCAUCCCCCUCCUGGAGAGGAUAGACCUUAAGAAGGACCACAUACAAGCCAUGGUGAUGGUGCCCACAAGAGAGCUGGCCCUGCAGGUGAGCCAGAUCAGCAUCCAAGUGAGCAAGCACCUGGGUGGGGUGAAGGUCAUGGCUACGACAGGAGGCACCAACCUGAGGGACGACAUCAUGCGUCUGGACGAGAUAGUUCACGUGGUAAUUGCCACACCAGGCAGGAUCCUGGACCUGAUAAAGAAGGGCGUAGCCAAGGUGGAUAAAGUCCAGAUGAUGGUCAUGGAUGAGGCGGACAAGCUGCUGUCUCAGGACUUUGUGGUCUUGAUCGAGGACAUCAUCAGCUUCCUAGCCAAGAACCGGCAGAUUCUGCUGUACUCUGCCACUUUCCCCAUGAGUGUGCAGAAGUUCAUGGCCAAACACCUGCAGAAGCCUUACGAGAUCAACCUGAUGGAGGAGCUGACUCUAAAGGGCAUCACUCAGUACUAUGCGUACGUGACUGAGAGGCAGAAGGUCCACUGCCUCAACACCCUCUUCUCCAGGCUCCAGAUCAACCAGUCAAUCAUCUUCUGUAACUCCACCCAGAGGGUGGAGCUGCUGGCCAAGAAGAUCACCCAGCUGGGCUACUCCUGCUUCUAUAUCCACGCCAAGAUGAUGCAGGAGUACAGGAACCGCGUGUUCCACGACUUCAGGAACGGACUGUGUAGGAACCUGGUCUGCACAGAUCUGUUCACCAGAGGAAUCGACAUCCAAGCUGUGAACGUGGUUAUCAACUUUGACUUCCCGAAGAAUGCAGAGACCUACCUGCAUCGCAUUGGCAGAUCUGGGAGGUUUGGUCACCUUGGCUUGGCCAUCAACCUGAUCACCUCGGAGGAUCGCUUCAACCUGAAGUCCAUCGAGGACCAGCUGGUGACCGACAUCAAGCCCAUCCCCGGCAGCAUCGACAAGAGCCUGUACGUGGCCGAGUUCCACUCUGUGGACCCGGACGCGGAGCUGGAGGCAGGCAGCGACCGACGCAGGGAGCUCAGUGCAGCCUGAACGGAGAAAGAGGCAUCUGGCAUUCAUCACAUCCUCUGCUGCACAAUCAGCAAUAUUUGGACCAAUUCUCCUUUUUUGUCCUCCAUUUAAGUAAUCAAAGCACACCCAAAUCUGUCAGUUUUCUUUUUUAUCGAAAGUUUUUAGUUUACAGCAGUGGCCGAUUUACGACGGGCAGUUUUCCAGCUUGUCUAGUUAAACCAAUGUGUUAACGCCCAACGUGCCAGCUGUCCAGCUCUGUAAGGUUACAGCCAUACUGCUCACAUCACAGGAUGGUGUGGAUAAUGCUCUGCUGGGUUGAGAGAGGCUUGUGCUACUGGUCAGGUUCUUCCUAGAGCUUCUAUGAGCAGGUGGAUGAGAAGAGAAACAGAAACCAAAGCUGAAAUAUAUGGAUUAUUCCAGGAACCAAAAUGAGCCGCUUUGACUGUCUGAGGAAAGCCAUCUUGGUGCUUCAAGGAAGGCCAGAGAACCACACGAAAGGACAGCUUUCCGAGUAGACCUGUAAAUAUGUCGUCUUUAAAAAGGGGUUUACGUGUGUAGGACUCAUCCAUGUGUGGUUCACCUAGUUUUCAAAGGGGCGUACAUCCAAUUAUGCGCGUUGAUCAGUUUAAAUGUUUUGUACUUUAUGCCUCCGUUAAGCACAAAGUGGUACAGACAGACUUCGGGGCAGCAGAUCAGAUGACAACUUGACUGGUAGAACCUGACGAGUCACGAGGGGCCUUGAUCACAAUGGGCAAGCGUUCCUUUUAGAUGUGCAGUAGACCUGGCGUUGAAACCUGCCCCCCUCCCCCUCAGCUGGACCUCACUCUUCCUCCCGUUCCCUCAAGUGCCUUAAUCUAGCCUCUACUCACUCCUCCAGACAGUAAAUCUGCUUUCCUGUUCACGUGUUUGUUUGCCUUCCAGUCUUUUGUUGUCUUCUAAAAAACCUGUACCGACCCUGUGGCUCAAGGAAGCAGCAAGUAAUUAGAUGCCCACAAAACUUCCAGCAAUGUGAGUCACAGCCAGGUUAUCACUGUCUGGUGAAACAAAAGGAGAACCUGAGACUCGUUGCGCAAACUUGGUGUUUUCUGACAAGGAUUAUGUUGAAGGAAGUUAUAUCCGCAGUUUCCACCGCCAGAGGAAAGUUUUAAUUUGGCAAAUGAAAGUCACUUAUUUCAUAGUAUCACAGUUUUACCUCCCCAUGGUUUUAAAGCGCCAAAUGAAAUGUUAGUAUACUGUCUUUGAGUUGUCGGAAGCCAGUCUGCAGCAUUGUGUCAACCAGCAGAAAGACCAAUGUGAUAUGUUUUCCAAUCUGGUCUCAACAAUACUGAGUUUUGUGGUCUUGACAUUGAAGAUAACGACACAACCGAAGUAUCGCACGAAACGGCGAGAGGACGAUAUUUGGUCUUUUUUUUUUUUUUUUUACUUUUGUGCUCCAAAGGUUUGUGGUGGGACAGUUAACCAGCAUUAUCACCGAAUCCAUAACCUUUCCUGUCGUCAGUGAAAUCCAGUGUGUUUGAAGCCUGAUGGACCCUGUGAGCCGUAUGUGUCUGACUCUGUUUCAAGGACCUGUCACUUUGUCAUGUCAGCGGAGGUGAACCAUUGAUAUUCUGUCAAGCAAUCUAAUUUGAUAAAAAGUUUCCUUUUUCUGAAAGUAUAUGAAUGCCAGUGCCUCAAAAAUAAAAUAAAAUCUUUUCUCCACUACA